AUGAGGACCCCCUCGUCUGUGGGAGAUACACCUGGCGCGGACAACACGCAGCAAGUUGGCAGCGCGGAUUCCAUCAUCGACGGUGCACUUGUCUUGUUGGACCCGGAUUUUGCGAAUCUAGACGUUGAACAAGCUGGCUGGGAUACUCCCAAUCUUGGAUUCGUUGCGGACGUUGGGCUCGGCGAGUUUCUGAACGCCCAGGAGACCAACAACCCCCAUUUCUCGCCAGAAUCAUCCUGUUUUGUGAAUCAUUCGACCCCUCCGGCUGGUCAAUCAUCCCGAAAACAGCCGGAGCUCUCUCCUCAUUUAGCGAUACCGGCAUCCCUAAGUAACUCUGUCCGGUCACUCAUCCAACGGCCUAAACGAACUGCUGCAUCGCAAAGAAUUACCAAUCUCACCCUCCACACCCUCAAAUCCUAUCCCCUGAUAAUGCUGCGCGACAAGGCCCUGCCGCCUUUUAUCCACCCGAGUCUGCUGUCUUCCAACCUCGAAAGUGACAUGGAGCCGCUGAGCAACUGCAUCAGUCUGAUGCACAUGAUUGGCGGCCAAGUAAAGGGGACUCGAAAGCUGUUUUGGAAAAAUGUGGCGAUGGAAUGUUGCCGAUUUUCAGAAGAUUAUUCGAGAUUUAACAAGUGGGAACUACUUGCGGCCAUGCAUGCCCUGUCCAUUUAUAUUCUCUUGCGAUUGGACGAAGGCGAGACGGAACAUAAUAACUUCGAUUCUUUGAUAGUCAGAGCGGUGAUAGUGAUAGCCCAAAAACUCUGCACAGGCGACAUUACAUGCCACACGCAGUGUGCUUUGUGCAACAAUGGCCUUGAAAUGAGCUGGAAAGAGUGGAUUUUCAGGGAAUCAAGGCGAAGAAAUCAAAGACUUGCUGUUGUCUAUCGGGUGGUGAAUAUGCUUAUCUACUUUGAGCCAGCGGCCAUGUGUGAUAUGCCCCACGAGUUCAUCUUAGCGCCAUUACCGGCCAAGAAACAACUUUGGGAAGCAAGCGACGAGUUUACAUGGAAGGCCGAGAGCCAGAGGGAACCGGGGGUCCAAGUCUCUUUUGGACUUGCAUCGGACGGCGAGGUUGUGCAACUGGGCGACGAUCGGCUGUCUUGCAGUGACGCGUGGUUAUCCCAUCGACCCUCUGACGGUAGGCCCACGUCGAGGAGCAAUGCGCGGUGGGAAGAGUGGUGCUCUGGAAUAGACGGCUUCGGCAGCCUCGUCAUGCUUGCCGCGUCUCUGAUAGUGUGA